GCUUGCCCCGCCCCCUCAGAGCCCCGCCGGCCCGCCUCUUUCCCGACCCACGUGGUCUCGGCCUCCGGCCCCGGGCAGCUCCCUAGUUCAGGUCCCUUACUCGGUUGCCUUCUCCACUCUCAGUGGCGUGGAGGUGGCCUCUUCCCCUCGUGCUUCAGGCCGCACGUGGCUGACCGCUCCGAGGUUCCCGCGGAGCUUUCGGAAGCCCAGGACGGUGCUGGGGGUGCAGUCGGCGCCGCCCUCCCGUCCAGUAGGCCGAUUUCCGUGAUAGCAUCCGGUAGGGAAAUGGUCGUGCUUUCGGUGCCAGCCGAAGUCACUGUGAUCCUGUUAGAUAUCGAAGGUACCACCACCCCGAUUGCUUUCGUGAAGGACAUUUUAUUUCCUUACAUCAAAGAAAAUGUUAAAGAGUAUUUGCAGACACAUUGGGAAGAAGAGGAAUGCCAGCAGGAUGUCAGUCUUUUGAGGAAACAGGCUGAAGAGGACUCCCACCUGGAUGGGGCUGUUCCAAUCCCUGCUGCACCUGAGAAUGGAGCAGAUGACCUGCAACUGAUGAUCCAGGCCGUGGUAGAUAAUGUGUGCUGGCAGAUGUCUCUGGACCGAAAGACUACAGCACUGAAACAGCUGCAGGGCCACAUGUGGAGGGCAGCAUUCACAACAGGGCAUGUGAAAGCAGAGUUCUUUGAAGAUGUAGUUCCAGCAGUCAGGAAGUGGAGAGAGGCUGGAAUGAAGGUGUAUAUUUAUUCUUCAGGGAGUGUAGAAGCACAGAAACUAUUAUUCGGGUAUUCUACAGAGGGAGAUAUUCUUGAGCUUGUUGAUGGUCACUUUGAUACCAAGAUUGGACACAAAGUAGAGAGUGAGAGUUAUCGAAAGAUUGCAAACAGCAUUGGGUGCUCAACCAACAACAUCUUGUUUCUGACAGACGUUACUCUAGAGGCCAGUGCUGCUGAGGAAGCAGAUGUACAUGUAGCUGUGGUGGUGAGACCUGGCAAUGCAGGACUAACAGAUGAUGAAAAGACUUACUACAGCCUCAUCACGUCCUUCAGCGAACUGUACCUGCCUUCUUCCACCUAGAGGAUUUCCGAGGAAGACCAAACUGUCUCCACAGAGUCAGUCGCCCUGUAGUCUAGUUUUUUCUAGUGGUAAAAGUAACUUACUUUUAAAUGUACAUAUAAACACACGUAUGUAUGCAUGCAAGUAUAUAUGUGUGUGUUCAAAUUACCUUCAUAGGCACAAAAGUUGGGGGGAAAUCUCAGUUCAGUGAAAAGGAAACUAAUUUAAAGGUGCUUUAUAUGUAGAAAUGGUUUGAAACCACAACUCUCUCACCCUUAUUGAGGGUAAAAUGUAGUUGAUAGAAGAAAUUACUACAAUACAGAUCUAAUGUGUUACAGUUAUCACAUUAUGGACCAAAAUGGAAAGAUAGGUUUGAGAAGUUAUUCAGAAGCCUUGGUGUUUUAAAAACUGGAAAUAUUUUAAAGACUUAUCCCUAAUAGUAAUUCAUCCUCCCUUUUAAUUAUGAUUUAAAAGAUUAUUAGCAGCUGAAUUUAAAAAUAUUAGCUUCCUUACGUACAGAAGAUAACGUUAUUUAUUUCUGCUCCAAAAGAGACAAAAUUGGGAAAGGAAGCUAGUUGAAUCCUGAUCAAACAAACAUCUAUUACUUAAGAAACUUGCUAAUCAUUGUAGUACCCCCAGCAAGCAGCUGCUUUAUCAGUGAAAAAGGUGCACUGAUGUAACAGGUAAAAUUACAAAACAGUUGUAAUCACUAGAUUUUAUAGUUGCCCUUCUCCUUCUUAGCACGGUUUGAGAAUAUAUGUUAUUGCUGUUUACUAUUAAAAAAAAAGUUUACUGUAAUCAGUUUAUAAGACUAGAAGAGCCCUACUAUGUCCUAUUUUCCUCAAAAUGAAUGUGAGAAAUGUUAAUUUUAUAACAGCAUUAUUUAUCCUGGUUUAGUCCUAAUGGGAUGUCAUGUUAAUUUCACAUUGUGAUUAAUAAAAACAUUUUUUCUUUCA